AUGGAGGUGGACACAGACGUCGAGGCCGUCUGGGACGCGGCGGUGGCCAAGUGCCCGCAGGCGCAGCUGACGCUGCCGAGCCCGGCGGACAUCGAGAUGCUCAUCUGCGAAGCCGCGUCGCAGAAGCAGCUCAUCUGCGAGGUCGCGUCGCAGAAGCAGGACGAGGACAAGGCCGUUGACGAGAUCUGCCAGGUGAUCACGGAGAAGUUCCCCAACAUCAAGUUCAACCCCGACUGCAAGACAGACGUCGAGGCCGUCUGGGACGCGGCGGUGGCCAAGUGCCCACAGGCGCAGCUGACGAUGCCGAGCCCGGCGGACAUGGAGAAGCUCAUCUGCGAAGCCGCGUCGCAGAAGCAGGUCGAGGACAAGGCCGUUGACGAGAUCUGCCAGGUGAUCACGGCGAAGCUCCCCAGCAUCAAGUUCAACCCCGACUGCAAGACAGACGUCGAGCCCGUCUGGGACGCGGCGGUGGCCAAGUGCCCGCAGGCGCAGCUGACUCUGCCGAGCCCGGCGGACAUAGAGAAGCUCAUUUGCGAGGUCGCGUCGCAGAAGCAGGACGAGGAAAAGGCCUAUGACGAGAUCUGCCAGGUGAUCACGGAGAAGUUCCCCAACAUCAAGUUCAACCUCGAUUGCAAGACAGACGUCGAGGCCGUCUGGGACGCGGCGGUGGCCAAGUGCCAGCAGGCAGAGGUUGAGGAGGCCGAGGACAAGGGUGAGGA